CCACAUUAUCAUAUCUACUCCGGCCGUUGCACAAAAUUCGAUUAACGAGCUUUUUUUAUAUCUAUCGUUUCUUGUUGAGUAUGAAAAAGUACAGUUUGACAUUCUCCAAUGGUGGAAGGACAAACAAGGAAUGUUAGGAAUGUUAUCAAUUUUAUCGAAAACGGCAAUAGUUUCAACGAUUCCCGUGAAACAAGAGUUUAGCGAAAUCGACAACAUCUUGACAGAUUACAGAACGUGGUUGAGUGCGCAAUCUCUUGAGACACUCAUUUUCUUCCAUGAUUGGUUGAAGGCCCAUCAUCAUAGAACUGAAGAAGUUAACAUAGCACUCGACCACCACUUCAUGAAGGAAACGACAACUGACG